CUUUAUUUAUCUUUAUCUGUUAAAUAAUAAAUUGUGACGCAAUUUUCAUCUACGCAGUUAUAAUAUAACCCUAAACCUUGUGGUGACGUCACAAAAUGUUUUUGCAUUCAAUAUUGUUGAUUUUUUUAUAAAAUAAACUAAAUUAUAUAGAAAAAUUUUUGUUCUAAAGUGAAGAAAAUUAAAUGAAUAUUUGAAUAGUAUUUUUUUAUGUAAUUGACAUUGCGUUAGUGAUGAUAUAAUUAUAAUAAUAUAAGGAGUGAUUGCAUGGACGCUAACUCGUUUGACAUUCCUAGCGAGGUCAUCUGGGCAAUGCACUCUGUUAAUCAUUACAUACUCUAUUGCUUAUAUUAUAAAAAAAAAAAAUUAAAAUUGAGUUUUUAAAAUGACGUUUUUUCAAUUGCUUUUUUUUUGUUUUUGUUUUUGACACGUGUGUAAUAUUUGUAAAUAAUCGUAAGACAUGAUUAUUAUAAACAUUCACAAUUUUUGUGUAAUUGCAUUUGCACCCAGAAAAGAAAAAAGGAAAUUAUUAACUGCGUACUUGACAUCUGCGCAGUUCUCGCACGUCUCUUUCUCUGUCUCUCUCUCUCUCACUCUCUCGUCCAGGAAAAAUCAAAACACUCAAGAUGGCAGAUCCAAGUAACGAGGUUGCCUCAUCGAGUGGAAUUUCAGAACAAGUUGUUCCAGCUCCGCAAAUUCGCGAAGAUGUUGAAAAAAGCGAAGAUUUUCUUGAGCCCGAUGCAAAACGACGUAAAGUCCUUCGGGCUGAAGGAAAAAUGGAACAAAAAUUGGAACAUAGACUGGGUGGCAUUUUGUGCUGUGCUGUCUGCCUCGAUCUACCCAGGGCAGCUGUUUAUCAGUGCACCAAUGGCCACUUGAUGUGCGCUGGAUGCUUCACUCAUGUCCUGGCUGAUGCCAGGCUUCGUGACGAAUUAGCAACAUGUCCGAAUUGUCGAAUCGAGAUCAGCAAGACAUCGGCAUCAAGAAAUUUAGCCGUUGAAAAAGCUGUUUCUGAAUUACCAGCUGAAUGUCAAUAUUGCGCUAAAGAAUUUUCACGAAAUUCUUUGGAACGACAUGAAGAUUCACUUUGUGAAGAAAGAAUAACAAGCUGCAAGUACAGCAGAAUUGGCUGUCCUUGGAGAGGACCCAAUCAUGAAUCACCAGAACAUGAAGCACAUUGUGUACAUCCUCAUCGUACAGGUGCCGAUGUCAUGGAAGCAUUAACUGACAUUGACACAAAAACAUUGGAAGCUCGCAGAUUAUAUGACAAUGUCUUUGAACUUUUGUCAUAUGAGAAAAUUACAUUUAAUGACUUGCAAAUGAAACCAUAUCGUACAGAUGAGUUUGUUCACAAAAUUUUCUAUGAAACUUCACGAUUUACCGCUUUUAAUCAUCAAUGGGUUGUAAAGGCGAGAAUCAACAAUAAUCAACGUGAUCCCACCCAAAGUUCCGAGCGUGACAUGACUUACCAGCUUAUUUUAAAAUCGAAAACAACUUGCCCAAUGCCAAUUCAUUAUCUGAUAUUGAAAGGGCCUUUUGGCGAUAUGAAAGUCAAUCCGAGAAUUCAUAAACAUGACUUUUCGGACUCUGAUAAUGAGAGUCCUUAUUUGCCUCUACCAUUACCAGAUACAGCUGAAUGUAAUAGAUUACUUGCUGCAAAAACAAUAAGUUUUCGAUUAAUACUAUUUUGUGCAUCUAAAUAAAUGUGUUGCGAGUGACAUUAAACUUUCGACAAGAUCAAUGAAUCUUGAGUGAUUUAUGAGGAAGUUUUUAAUUACAAAUUAGAUUAAUUUUAAUAGAGACAUUAUUUCUAGGAUAUAAGAAGAAAAAAAAAAAAAAAAAAAAAAAAAAUUGCUUGUAAUGUUAUCGAAUAUUACGUAAUCCAUUUAGAUGCGCUCUCGAAAUAACGGGUAACGUUUAAUUUCAAACAAUAGUUGUUAGAUAAUUAAACUUUCAAGCACUUUCAACGAAUCUCUAUAGGCUACGUUUGUCCUGAUUUUAGAUUCGUUAAUUAUUUACUAUAAUUAGUGACAAUUAUUACUUAUUGUAGGUUUUUAACACUAUUUAGCAAUAUAGAGAAACAUUAUGCAAAUGUUUAUAAAUUAGUGAUAUCUAAACAAGUAGAUAAAUCGGCUCUAAUGAACAUGCAAAUAUUAAUAUUAUUAGUAGUAAUAAUAAUAAGUAUUAAAAUCAAUUUUGCCGUACAAUUAUGUAAUAAGCGUUUAAGAAAAAUCCAAAAAAAAAAAUUUGGAUUAAAAAUUUUUUCUGAAUUUUAGAAUCAGAUUUUUAGAUUUGAAUUUUUAGAAUUUAAGAUAAUAUGAUAAUUGACUAAAUAAUUAUUGGAUAGACUUUUACUGCAAAUAUAGAAUUUAGUAUUGCAGAUUAUAUCAAUCUUAGUUACAAAUUGGGACUUUUUAUUUUAUUUCUUUGUUUUCCAUUUUUUUUUUUUCAAUAUAUUAUUGAAAUAUAGUUUUUUUUAUUUUUAUUUUAAAAAUUCAAGCAAGUUGAUUUAUGAAUUUAUUUUGAGAACUACGUAUUUGUUACUUCUUGUAAAUAAUUAUAUUAUAAGAGUAGUUUUCUACUUUGCGUGCGCACAGUAUCUACUUUAUAAAAAAAAAAAAGUAUUCUCUUUAUUACAUUAGAUGUUAUUGAUAAGAAAUCUAAAUAAUGUAAUCUCAUCCAUUUCAAUAAAUUUAUUAUUUCACACGAUAA